AUGGACUACCUAUUCUACGACAUUUUCAAGGAAGGCAAGACCCUUGACGACGCUCCACCAGCCUUACUUCGAAAAGAGUCCGAUUUUGCCUGGGCUUCGACCAAGAGUGGAGAGACUACUCGAUUCUUCCCCUCGAUAACCGAUGAGGAAAACAAGGUCAACGGGGCGGUCGUACAUUGGAGAGGCAUUGAAAGCCCAGAACGAGCCGAGUCCAUUAAGCAAGAGGUUCCGUGGAUUAGACAUGGGUUUUCUGAUGCCAAGGUCAUUCCCAUUGGAAAUUUCACCUCGGUGUCAAAGCUCUUCCAACAAGGAGGGAAGUAUCUUGACUGUGAGCCAGUGCAACGCCUGCAGCCAUUUUCCACGGAUCCGUGUGUGACAUGGUAUGUUAUUAUUGUUGCAAGGGAUGCAUCGUCCUAUGAUACGAUGUUUGGGGAGAGAGAUGCAUUGCACUGCGUGAAGCUUUGGAAAGGUGGGAUAGCGGAAGAGGUGUUUGAUGUGGUCCAUCCACAGCAAGGAAAGGUUCUCCGACUGAAAGCGAAUGAUAGAGCAGAGGUAAAACAAUACGUGGAAGAUAUUCCUUCCUUCAGUGAAGGUGCAGCAGAGGUGGACAUACUCCGAGCGAAAUCGCACAUGGUCUGGGAGGUUUUCUUCUAG